AAAUUUAGAAACGUCAAAUAAAUUUUAUGUCAAAAUUCAAAGUGAAAAAUGAUUUUCGAUGUUGAAUUAUGCACAACGAAGCAAGAAAAGUUAUUUCACUUGAUGGUUGGGUAACGUACUUGUGCUAACUCGACCGCAACUUUCCGAAGAGCACGGAACCAUAGCGCAGAAACACCGAGUUUUCGGAUACGAAACGGAUUAAGCGAACUUGCUAAAACUCGUACGAUGCUCGUUAUUAUCUCGUUAAAACUUACCACGGAUAUCCAAACCCUUUAUUUAACAACACCGAACACCAAAAAGGUAGUGACGAAGGAGUGCGAUUCCUUUUAAAAGGCGGUUGAAAUUGAAUUUUUGACGUCUCGUUGAGAUGAAAUUGAGGUGAACCAAUUUUCCACAUUGUGCACAUCACACAAAACGUUCCAUAAACGACCAAAAAAACUGCGUUAAUAUAAAAUUCGCAUGUUUUAUUAUAAAUUCCAUUCUAACAUGACUAAAAGAGAGUCUUCGUUAUAUUUAGGAGACACCGAAUUAAGCGAAAACGAAUGGAGAGAUGGCGUGAUGCAAAUUCUAAUUCGAAAAAGGACAAAAAUAAAAUCGUUUGAGAUGGAUUUUUAUUUUAAGCAAACUGAGAUUGUGGACGAGAAUAGUUGGAUUCGAUUUUAAAGCGAAAGAUAUUCUCUUUUCUGCAUUGGCGCGGUUUAAAGGGGGCUGAAAGGGGGGCGGCGCCCUCUAAAAUACGAUCGGUACUAAUGGAAAAAUAAGAGUGGCUUUUUCUAAAGGAGGAGGCGAUAUCUUGAGAAAAGGAUUUUUCUGUGCUAUUUUAAAUUUUAGCUCUUUUAGAGGAAGUUAAAAAUUCAUUAUUACUAAAUGUUACUUUGUUGCUAAUCGCUGAAUAAUGACGAUGACGAAGUAUCUAGACGACAAUUUGAGACAUUAAUAAUUACCCAAUUUAUGUAACAAGGUUGUUAAAAAAAAAUUGGAUCAAAUUCGAAUCAAAUUAGGUUAAUAUGUAUAAAUACAACGAUGUUAAUUACUCCAUUAUAGUCUCAAUAUGAUGAGUUUCGUGGUUGUUUCGAUUUUUUUAGUACUUUUUGGGUUAAUAAUCGCUUGGUAUUCUAUAUAUUUCAAGUUUAAAAGGCAUUUGAAAGGGUUGCCAACUGUCAAACAAGUUCCGCUGCUUGGAUAUGCGAUUAACGUCCGAAAUACGAUUGAUAUUUACUCGUUUUUGUUAUCUACAUCAAGAGAUGUGGGUAAAAAUGCAUUUGGGAUGCUGGGUCCAUUUCCAACGUUAAUAACAUCCGACCCAAAGAUGUUUGCGCUAAUUUUAGGAUCCCCAAAGCACAUUAACAAACCACCUUUGUAUACGACCCUAGAAAACAUGGUCGGAAAUUCGUUACUUUUAACUAAUGGAGACGUUUGGAGGCAUCAAAGGAAAUUGCUCAACCCAGGGUUAGAUUACACCAAUGUGAUGCAAAACAUUAAUGUUUUUAAUGCUCAAUCAGACGAUUUAGUUAAAACUUUAGAGGGAGAAAUAAAUAAAGAUUCAACCGAGUUAGAAAAUUUCAUCGAAACUUGGGCGUUAAAACAAACUUACGAAACGAUGAUGGGGAGUAACGCGCCGGAGGAAGAUCGAAACGAAUUUUUAGAAAGUAUAAAAACCGUCAUGAAAAUUGCAGUUAAAAGAAACGUGCGUCUCAACGAAUUUUACAACAUAACUUACGUUUUCACCAAGAAUUUUUGGUUGGAACGAAGAGCGCUUAAAGUUAUGAGGAAACAUAUCUGGGACAUCAUCGAGAACAAAAAGAAAGAAAUGAACGAAGAAUCAAAUAAAAGAGAAAGACCGAUUUUAAUCGACAUAUUAAUGAAGCAAAAACAAACCGAUAAAAACGUUACAUACGAUUUUAUCGCUAAACAACUCAAUCUUAUGGUUGCAGCGGGUUUCGAUACAAGCGGAUCCGCAAUUUGUUUCGCCCUUUACAACUUAGCAAUUUUCCCAGAAAUCCAGAAAAAAGCUUACGAAGAACUCCACUCAAUCCUAGGCGACGACGUAAAUCAAUUCAUAACGCACCAACACGUAAAAGAAAUGAAAUAUCUCGAUUUGGUAAUCAAAGAAUCGAUGAGAAUCAAAACGACGGUUCCAUUAUUUGCAAGACAACUCCAAGAAGACGUUGAUUUCGAAGGGAUGACUCUCCCGAAAGAAUUGACGAUUAUGUUGUUGGCUUACGCGAUGCAUUUAGACCCGGAAGUGUACCCGGAGCCGGAGAAAUUUGUUCCGGAACGAUUUUUGAAAGAAAAUUUGAAUCCGAAUCGAUAUGGUUAUGCUCCGUUUUGUGGGGGAGUUAGGAAUUGUAUUGGGCAAAAAUACGCUCAGUUAUCGAUGAAGGUUGUUUUAGCGAAGAUUUUGUUGCAUUAUGAGUUGGUUGAUGUUAAUCACGAACUUUGUUUGGCGGCGGAAAUUACGUUGAGGUCAAAAACUGGGGUUAGAGUUGGAAUUAGAAGAAGAAUAAUUAACAACAAUUAAAUUAAAGAAAUAAAAUAUCAUUUUGACACACACUAAUUAACUUUUUUUAUGUUCUAAACUCUUUGAACCUUGUGAAAAACUUGU